UGCAUAAAAUCCAAAGAUGUUCAUACAGAGUGCUGGAGUAGGUUGAUUUACUUCUUCAGAAAAACAUUUCCUUCAUGAAUGUAUUAUAUCUCUUCCUGGAUAAGCAGGACUUCUAAGCUUGCUGGUGGGUGUCCCUAAUUACCAGUAAUGGUUCCUCUACAUUUGGAGCGGGGUGGAAGCUGCAGAAUUCUGUCAGGAAGACUCAAAAGGCCCCGAAAGAUCUGGCAAGCUGAGAUUUUGUGGAGGGAGAUCCUUUUUCUUUGGAAGAGCUCUGUCUUUUUUUUUUUUUUUUACUCAUGUCUGUCACCAUAAAAAUCACAGUCCUUUUUCUGCAUGUAGAAGUGGGUUUGUUUUGUGGGAUGGGGGAGGUAAUGGAGAAGAGGUUUGAUUUUUGGAAUGGCCUAGAACAUGUUUUCAGUCUCUCCCCAGCUCUUUAUAUUCCAUCAUGCUCAUGUAUACCAGUCAUCCAGACUCAUUCUUUCCUGUUGAAUGGGGCUGGCAGACAGACUGAGAAAUGGGUGAGCUCAUUUGAGACCUCUCUGGUUUACAUCCAGUUUUUUCCUUUCUUAUCAAGUAUUGGACAGGGGAGAGGGGUGGGUUUGGACAGUAGGAUAUUGAGACAGGCCGGGAUGGCCCAAUCAUUUCUUCAACCGCCCACAAUUCUCUUGUGUCCUUGAGCACAUCUGCCCAUUGUCAGUUUGCCCACUGUCUGUUUUGUGAUAUCCAGAUUUUUUUGAAUAAAAUCUGCUUUCCAAAUCCUCUGUGGCUUUUCAGAGUGAGUGAGGAAAAGCAUCGGGUGGCACUUCCCAGAGAUCUUGGCAGCGAGCAGCGUGAGAAUGCUUCACCUACAAACACUGUCCGGCAGCGGCUUGUCCUAACACAGAGAUUCCGGAGGCAAAAGCUGCGAGCCCUUCCCUUCACCGGCAGGCCAGCCUGGAGACGGACAGGGCGUCCAAGGAGUUCAUAGAAUUUCUUAAGACCUUCCACAAAACAGGCCAAGAUAUCUACAAGCAGACCAAGAGUUUUUUGGAAGCCAUGCACCACAAACGGGAGCUGAGUAUUGAGGAGCAGUCGGAGCACGCCCAGGACUUUUACCAGAACGUGGCCGAGAGACUGCAGACCCGGGGGAAAGUGCCCCCAGAGAAGAUGGAGAAGGCCAUGGAUCAGAUUGAGAAGUACGUCAUGACACGCCUGUACAAGUAUGUGUUUUGUCCGGAAACCACUGACGAUGAGAAGAAGGAUCUGGCUGUUCAAAAGCGGAUCAGAGCCUUACACUGGGUUACUCCACAGAUGCUUUGUGUCCCUGUUAAUGAAGAAAUCCCAGAAGUCUCUGAUAUGGUCGUAAAAGCCAUUACAGACAUUAUUGAGAUGGAUUCCAAGCGUGUCCCCCGAGACAAGCUGGCCUGCAUCACCAAAUGCAGCAAACACAUCUUCAACGCUAUUAAGAUCACCAAGAACGAGCCAGCCUCAGCUGAUGACUUCUUACCCACCCUCAUCUACAUUGUCCUGAAGGGCAACCCCCCACGACUGCAGUCCAACAUCCAGUAUAUUACCCGUUUUUGUAAUCCAAGCCGACUGAUGACUGGGGAAGAUGGCUACUACUUUACCAAUUUGUGUUGCGCGGUGGCUUUCAUCGAGAAACUGGACGCUCAGUCUUUGAAUUUAAGUCAGGAGGACUUUGAUCGCUACAUGUCCGGCCAGACUUCUCCAAAGAAGCAGGAGUCUGAGCGCUGGGCUCCCAAUGCAUGCCUAGGGGUCAAACAGAUGUAUAAGAACUUGGAUCUUCUCUCUCAACUGAAUGAGCGACAAGAAAGGCUCAUGAGCCAGGCCAAGAAGCUGGAAAAAGACCUCAUCGACUGGACUGAUGGGAUUGCGAAGGAGGUUCAGGACAUCGUGGAGAAGUAUCCCCUGGAAAUCAAGCCCCCAAGCCAACCCCUAGCAGCCAUUGACUCGGAGAAUGUCGAAAACGACAAGCUCCCUCCUCCCCUGCAGCCUCAGGUCUAUGCAGGAUGAUGUCCAUUUACCUGGGGAGUGUUGGCUGGGACCCCGACCAAAUUAGGCCGCAGUACUCACUUCCUGCCGAUUGGAAGCCAGCAUAGGAGGAAGGACAUGCUUAGGAGGGUUAAAGGAGUACAUUUUUCAAGGUACAGUUGUGGGGGGUGGGGCUAAUGUGUAAUAAAUACUAUUUAUUUUAGUUAUUAAAGUAGGUUCUUAUGAGGCUUUUGUGUAUUUUUUUAACUGAACCUGCCUUUUCUACACAAAGCCGUUGUCAUUUUUAAGAAACACUAGCAUCAUUAACAAAUUCUUAAUGCUUCCUCCCAGGCAUGCACUCUGAUUUGGUUAAAUCAUCACUUUAAUCGUAAGGCGGCUAGCUUGAGGUCAUGUACGUUCAAGAGUCGAGCGGGAACUCCACGGUACUACUGUCCCCACCUCUGAGAUUAUUUUGUAAUUAAAAAGAUGGAAAAUAUAUUGAUGAGUAAAUAUGUAGAAUUGUAAAUAUGUAAAGAAAAUCAGAAUUUCUGCUGUGCAUGGCAACGUGUGAGCUGAUGUUCUUAGUGUAACACGAUGUAUGGCCGUCCGCCUUUCUGACCUCCACUGUUCGUUUGUUGUUCGGCCCUUUUAAACGAGCCUGGCAGAAUUUAGAUGUUCAGGUGUUCAAGACCGAUCCCUUUUUGUAGCGCGGUGCGGGUGCUGACUCUGUGAUUCAGUCAGCGGGAGGUUCAGACGCAAACCAGGACCUCAUCCAGGGUAUCGAUUGUCUUUCCCUCACGUCAUGUCACUGUUUAUUAUGGAGUCCAUCAAAUACUUGGAACCACACUGUCGCCCUGACCACUGAGAUGGUCCAUCUUUGCGUGAGUCUCCUUUGCUCAGGACGGCUGAUAUGUGAAGGCCGCUGGCCUAGGGCUCAGGCAGAGGGGAUUAAAGAACGGCGGUCAGUGGUGGCCCCGGGCGGAAGUGGCUAUGACCUCCCUGCUAAGGACCCGCCCUUUGUCAUAGGUGCCUAGCCGUGCCUGUCAUUUGGGCCUCGGCCUUGUUAUGGAUGGACCAAGACGGCCGUCCCAUAUUCCCUGCUCCUGAACAAGCAAGCAGAGACCGCGCCCUCUCGUCAGCUGUCCUCAACCACUGAACGGUACAUUCUGGGCCCGGUGCCUCUCAGCCCGGCACUUUGCCAUUGGGUGAAACUGCUGAGGCCGCCCACAGGAGGGAGGCCUGUAUUCCGGGGGAACAUUUUCUCUCCUCUGUCAUUCCUUCUUUCGGCUGAGUCUCAGCAGGGCAUCCACCGUGCUUUCCCAAGGCAGCUUCUGGAGCGAUGACGUGUUCGACCGUCAUUGGGAAUGGCUUCCUUGUUCUCUCCCUGCUCCUAGCGCAGCUCCCAAGCUUGCAGUGAUUUCGGGCCCCAGUUGUGAUGUCUGUACAUACGUACACACACACACACACACACACACACACACACACACACACACACUUUAUUGGAUAAGCUGCCACCUGGUGCCCAGCUUCUCCCAGCCAGGACCGGUCCCCAGAAAUGCUCCCAUAGAUGAAGCCGGUAACUCAGUGGCUGAGCAGCUGCUGCUGCUGCUCUUACAUAAUCUAUAACCCAGGCAACUCUUUGGAAAGGGGCUGCUUUUCCUUCGGGUUUCCUUGCAUUCUCUAGGUGCUAAUCCAGGUACAUGCACAGUCUCACUUUCCCCCAAAUGUACAAAACUUCUUACUGCUGUACACUGCUUUUGUGGAAUAAAAAUAUGGACGCCACCCUCUCA